AUGUUAUCGAGUUUCGUUAAUCUUGAAGAACUGGCAUUCUAUAAAUUGAAUGAUCAUACUGCUAAGACUAAAACUAUCCACGUUCGGUCUUCUUCAUUGAAGAGUUACCCAAAAGAAGCCGCUAUUCAAUCAGUUGUAGUUCAAUUUGUCACGAAUAUCUCCAGUACUGUUAAAAUUUUAGCCUUAUCUCGGCACAUUUUGCAAGAUCUUUUUGAUGCAUCCAACAAUAAUGUGCCUUCUUUUCCCAACUUGAAGCAAUUGGUGGUGAAAUAUAUUAUAAGUGGCAUGUCAUAUUUGCUUAAUAUGCUCAGAAUUUUACCAAAUUUAAAAGUUCUUGUACUCAACAAGUGCUUGAACUCAUCCGUCGAAAGGCUUGAAUUUAAGGGAUACGGAGGUUGUUCAGCAGAAAUGAAAAUUCUAGAAUACAUCCUGAGAAACGCAAAGGCGUUGAAGAAAUUUUACAUUGUAGCGUACUGUUCUAUCAAUUCUGAGGAACCAUACAAACAAGAGCUUUUAAACAAGUUAUCCGUGUUGCCAAAGACAUGUCAAGUUAAAAUUGAGUGGCUUCGAUAUUGA